AGAAUCUAAGCAAAAGAGGAGAAAGGAGAAUUCCACUUAGGGAAUAAAUUCUCCUUUCCCCAUGUGUAUGGAUAAAAAGAACAAACCAUAGAAUUUCUUCAACCUGGUCUUCUCAUCAUUCUUUCAACCUAGAAGCUUCAAAUUUUAAUUUCCAAGGAAAGGACAAUUUGCAAUGUCUACUUUAAACGAAAGCCACGUCCAACGGAUGUUCGACAAACUUGAUGAAGAUGGUGAUGGACUAGUGAGCUUAGAUGAGCUCAAAGGCCUUCUUGACAAGAUUGGAGCUUGCACGGGCCUUGACGAGCUCCAAUCUUUGGUAGGUAAAACGAGCUUUAACUUCAUGGACUUCUUAUUCUUUUACGAGGCCAUGGUGAAGAAAAAUAAUGAGGAAAAGAGAUCAAAAGAGGGCAAUAUUGAUGAUAAUUUUGAAGAUGAUCUUGUUGAAGCAUUCAAGGUGUUUGAUUUGAAUGGAGAUGGCUUUAUUUCUUGUGAGGAGCUUCAAAAGGUGUUGUCAAGAUUAGGGUUGUGGGAUGAGAAGGAAGGAAGUGAUUGUAAGAACAUGAUUCACAUGUAUGAUACUAACCUUGACGGAGUUCUUGAUUUUGAGGAGUUCAAGAAUAUGAUGCUGGUUUCCAAUUCUGAGGGUAUUUCAUUGUAAAUUAUUGACUUUUUCAUCUUUUUGAAACUUUCUUGUGAACAUUGUUAUGAUGACAUUUAUGGAUCAUUAACUUCCUUCU